AUGCCUCUCUCCAAUGUCGCUCAUGUUCCUGUCCACCGCAAUGCCAAUUACAAGGCUAAUGGCACAAAAUCUCUUGUCUGGCUCUACAACAAGUAUAACAUAACCCCUACAAGACCAGGCCGGUAUCAUCGUGACGAGAAGAAUCGCCUCCUGAAACGUCAGCAUGAUGGGUCUUCCACUGAAGUCACCGCAGACGAUCAGCAGAAUGACACCUACUAUACUUGCCCGGUCACCAUCGGCACACCCGGCCAGCAACUUGAUGUGACCUUCGACUCUGGUUCUGCUGACUUUUGGGUCUGGUCCAGCUAUUUGCCUGAAAAUAUCAAGAAGAGUGGAAGUGCAUCUGGCGCUACCAUCUAUGAUCCCAGCAAGUCCUCUACCCAGAAGCCCAUGACUGGAAGCACCUGGCAGAUUCGGUACGGAGAUGGCUCUUCAGCAUCAGGAGCAGUGGUCACAGACGUCGUCCAAGUCGGAGAUAUCACGAUUCAGGGUCAAGCAGUCGAGAUAGCCAGCCACAUCUCACCCUCGCUCACUACGCAGACUGCUUCCCAAGGCAUUUUAGGCUUGGCUUUCGGCAACAUCAAUACGGUCAUGCCCGUGCGAGUCAAGACACCUCUUGACAACAUGGUUGCGCAGGAAGAUAUCCCCGAGGACCAGGAGGUCUUCACCUGCUAUAUGGGCUCUUACAAAGACGCCAACAAUCCGGACCAUGGCGCAUCGUUCUUCACUUUUGGGAAUAUUGACAGUGACGUAGUGCAUGCGACAGGUGGAGAGAUUUCUUACACACCGGUCAAUGAUAGUAACGGAUUUUGGCAGUUCGCGUCAGAAUACGUUGUCAUCAACGGGGAUAAAACGCCGCUCCCAGGAAACACCGCCAUUGCCGACACUGGCACAACCCUGAUGAUUAUUGAUGAUGAUCUCGUCGAGAAGAUUUACUCUGGUAUCCCAGGAGCGAUAUACGACGAAUCUCAGCAAGGCUGGCUGGUCCCUGCCAAUACACCAUCCAACAAGAUUCCUGAUCUCACUUUCGCGGUUGGUGAUGUGGAUAUUGUAAUCGAGAAAGAACAAAUAGCAUUCGCUCCGGUUGAGAACAGUAAUAUGAUAUUCGGUGGUAUCCAAGGCCGAGGUGACUUGCCAUACAACAUCUACGGCGAUACCUUUCUGAAAUGCGUUUACGCGGUGUUCGACGCCGGGAAGAAGCAAUUCGGCGUUGUCCAGAGGGUUACCCCUACACGAAAGAUCGCCUUUUAG